AUGAUGAAGGAGCUCGCUCUACAACAAAUUAUCGUCUCUCCAACAAGGGAACCCACAAAAUAUCACACUCCAAAUCCUCUUAUAUUCAACUCUUAUUGCCAUUGCCACACUCUUUUCAGACCACCAAGAACAUCCCACCUCCAGCUUCGAGCCACUUUGAAUAGAACUAGUUCAGUUUCCUCAAGAACUAGGAGAAACAAGAAUCCAUCUGACUAUAAUAGUAAACGAGUAAAAAUUCAAAGUGAAGUUCAAAAAAUGCAAGAAGAAGAAGAAGAAGGAACUAGAUUUUACAUGGGUUUGGAUGAGGAUUUUGAGGAGGAGGAGGAUACGUCAUCAUCGUCAUUGUUGUCUCUGAGCGAUAAACCGGAGAGGAACAUGUCAUUACUGGACGAUUAUGAGAUGGAGGAGCUUGAUUUCGUGCCAAUUGACCCGAAUCACCGCAGUGGAUAUGUGGCAGUGCUGGGCAAGCCAAAUGUCGGAAAAAGUACGCUUUCGAACCAAAUGAUUGGACAGAAGCUUUCUAUUGUUACGGAUAAACCUCAGACUACUAGGCAUCGUAUUCUUGGUAUAUGCUCUGGCGCAGACUAUCAGGUUUGA